AAAGGGAGCAGCGAGUAACUGCAGCACAGGCAGCGGAAGGUAGGAGGGGGAGCGGAGUAAAUAAAUAAUGAGAUAGCUUGAAAUAAAGGGCAUCAGGGAAUGAGUCCAAACAUUACAAGAGAAGCAGGUCGGUCAAGGCAGGGAUCGUGGGCUGAAUCAAACUGACUGACAACAGUCCUUCUCUAAGACGUGCCAGCUGUGAGUUGUUUAGACCUCUUGGACUUGCGUACAUGCCUGGCCCAAUCAAGAAGCCUGAAAUGACCUGGAGCAAUUGAAACAUCUACAUCAGUAAGUACAAGGAACCGGGAAAAGCAAGUGCUUGAGCUUGAAAUCGAAACUCUAAGGCUUUGUAUUGUCUCAAUGUGAUGAGAAUACAAUAUCAAGACGACCAGGAAAGAACAUCUGAAGAAGAGCUUAUGCCUUGGUUUACUGACCAACUGCAUGAAUUUGUGCUGAAACCCACUGAGAGUGUGAUUAUGAAAACAUCUGGUGUCAAAGAUGACAUGAACUCAACGCUUGAUUUUUCAGAUGCAAAAAAUUCAUUUGAGCACCAUUGUUCAAUUUGUGAUCAAUACUUUCCUUUUAGUAGUGUUUUGGCACAGCAUAUGGACAUGCAUACAAAUAAAAAGCCAUUGAAACGUCCCUUCUGUGACCAUAAAACUUCUCCAAAAGCCCAUUUGAAAAUUCACCUUCGAAAGCACAAAGUAGACCAUUUACAACAGGGAAAAAAAACUGGAAGAAAUAAGGCCAAUUUGUCACCCAUAAGUUUUGAUAUCACAAAUACUGUGUCUGAUGCUAUCACUCCUAAUGAUCCGGAUGUGACUAAGAUUGAUGUUAAACCAGUAAAUGGUGUUACAUUGUCUCUUGAGAGCUUGGAAGGAAACGUAGUCCAACCUGAAGAGUGUCUACCUCUUCCAUGUAUGUUCUGUAAUAAAGGCUUUCAACAUUUAGAAGAUCUACAUCACCAUGUGAUAAUUCAGCACAAGCCUACACUCUGUGCGCCAUCCGAUGCUAUCACUCCUAAUGAUCCGGAUGUGACUAAGAUUGAUGUUAAACCAGUAAAUGGUGUUACUUUGUCUCUUGAGAGCUUGGAAGGAAACGUAGUCCAACCUGAAGAGUGUCUACCUCUUCCAUGUAUGUUCUGUAAUAAAGGCUUUCAACAUUUAGAAGAUCUACAUCACCAUGUGAUAAUUCAGCACAAGCCUACACUCUGUGAGCCAGCAGUCCUCAGAGUAGAAGAAGGUUUGUGCCCUGUUGAAGAGGGGCCCAUCACUCUAAGCUCUCCAGAACAGGAGGCAAAUGAUGAAAAUGAUGAUGGUGAGCUUAGCUGUAAAGUUUGUGGACUGUCCUGUGAGAGUGCUUUGAAUCUGGAAACUCACAUGAGGAAACACAAGGAUUCCUUUACCUAUGGUUGUAAUGUAUGUGGCCGGCGUUUUAAAGAGCCUUGGUUUCUAAAAAACCACAUGCGGACACAUUCAAGUAAAGCCAGGGGAAAGUCUCAGCAAGACUCGGAAGGUCCUGCGACGAUCAAUAAUGUUGCUAUGCAGGAGGCAAUUUUGGGAAAUGUCGCUUCUCCCUACAAAAUGUGCAUGGUAUGUGGAUUUCUUUUCCCUAACAAAGAUAGCUUAAAGGAACAUAGCAAAGUUCACAACAAAGAUUUGACAGAUCGAAUAGAUGAUUACUCCUCAAAUCCAGAACUUGCACUGUCACAGGAAGGAUUCCUACAGAUGCUGAAUUUAAGCCCUUUCUUGUCACAAAAUUGUAACAAAUCUGUGAAACUGGGAAAAUGGAUACCUGAGCUUGAUCCCUUCAAUACCUACCAAGCUUGGCAGCUUGCCACAAAGGGAAAAGUGGCAGUAGGCCGAGAGAAUGUGAAAGAUCCAGGGCAAAUAGCAAACUCUGAGAAUGAGGAGGAAUCAUCUGAUAAAGAGGAUUCCAGUGAACAUUGGACCAUAGAUAAAGGCAAUCAUGGUACGACCUUGGAGAACCUUGAAAAGUCUAAGAUCAAACACAACAGUGUAGGUCAGAAUGGGUCACCUCCAAUGGGAGAAGUGGAUGUUGAUCCAAAAUUAACUCAGAACAAACAUAAACCAACCAACUGCACAGUGUGUGGUAAGAUCUUCAGAACAUACCAUCAAUUAGUGCUGCACUCCAGAGUACACAGGAAAGGCAGGAAAAGUGUGGAGAAUCCACCAAGUUCAGUUGAUGGCAGUGAACCUGGCACUCAGUCUAUAGACUCUAUCACAGCAGCAGAAGAUCGCAGUCCAGGGACCGACAAGCCCGAGGAGGGCUCUGAAGAGGGCUCAGAAGAUGGAGUACUAGGUGAAGGACUUUCAUCAGAUCGGAGCGAGGAUGGCUCAGAACGAGGAAGAAACAGAGAGUCUGGCUCAUCUGGUGAAUGCAGUUACUGUGGAAAGUCUUUCCGCUCAAACUAUUACCUCAAUAUUCAUCUCAGGAUCCACACAGGUGAAAAACCCCAUAGAUGUCCUCUCUGUGACUAUGCAGCAGCUCAAAAAACCUCACUCAAGUAUCACUUGGAACGGCAUCACAAGGGUGAGCAGAAAAGGAUGGAAGAAAGGAGUGAUCCUCUGAAGAAUUCAUUGGCAACUCCAAAAUUGGAAGUAGCACCAAAAGAAAAUGAUGAACCUGUUCAGGAAUCUGCAGACUCCAAGAGGUUGUUUACAGAUUCUUCGGACAGUGCCAAAGAUGUAGAUGCAGACUUUUCUCGGGGGAAACAGAAACAGAUUUAUUCAUCAACUAGUCCAAUUUUUCAAAAUGCGGAGUUUUCAAAUGUGAGUAGGGAAUACCCAGACCUGAACAAAAGUACAAAUUUCCAUCACAAUCGACGGAUCUUCUGCAAUGCACUGUUGUCUGUUCCACCUGGUGAGAAAUUGAAGGAUGAAAAGCUGGUGGAUGAGUUGCAGAGGAGUAACUCUGAUGCAAAGGUUGUUACUGAACUAGAUGAUUCCAAGGUUUUGGAGGAAUGUUUAAUGGAAGGACUGGCAGAAAAUAAUACACAACAGAAUAAUGCUAGGAGUACGAAGGUGGAACCCAUUUCAAUAAAUGACCAAUGCUACAUUAGUGCUAGAGGUAACAUGGAGGACUACUGUGAUAAAUAUGAAUCCAACUUAUCGGAAAAGCCUUUGAAUCUUUGUACCGCAAUAUAUCAGCAAAGUCUGUGCAGCGGUGGUAGUCCUCAGGGAAAUGCACCUACCUCAUUUUCCAAGAGUGCCUUACUGAGCAACACGUGCCCAUUUUGUACCUACAGAACUUAUUACCCAGAGGUCUUAGUGAUGCACCAAAGGUUGGUACACAAGUGUAAUCCUGAUCCAAGUCCGAUAAAUGGAUUUCGAAAUGCUUUUCAUAGCGGGUCAGUCAAAAGCAGACGCACUGGAUGCCCUCCUGCACUAUUAGGUCAAGAUGUUUCUUCUUUGCUUGCCACCAAAGAAAUGAGCAAAAAGUUUCCUCGUCGGACCAAGUCACCACUACCAGCAGCUCCACCAGAUGCUUCAGACUUGCUGCCUGGGAAGGCAAAAUUAUCAUCUUCCUCACACCAGUCUCUGUGCAAUAAUCUCAUUCCUUCUGCUGCAGAUUCUAGAUCUUCUGGUGACUUUAAAGCAUUCAAGGUGACCCAGAAUCCUAACGUACAUCUUGAAAGCUAUGGAUCUGUACAUUCUGAAACUAGACAGAUGCAAGAGGUGGUGCAAAAAACAGAAAGAAAUGGAUCUUCAGAAGCUGGUACCAGUAAGAGAAAUGUGUCUGAAAAAUCUGGUACUAAAUUGGACUAUGAAUCUGAAGGACCCAGGGGACCUUUGUUUAGAUAUGACAGUCAUUGGGCUCCAAAUGUUAGCAAACUGUGUCUUACUAAUGUGUCCGAGAAUCAGGGAGGUUUGGACUCGCAUGAGCCUACAGCUAAAAGAAUGAAAAUAAAUAGUCCUUUAAGAAAUGAUCAGCUUUCAUUUGGAAUAAGGAGGAGUAUCCAAGGAAGAAAUAUAAAAUUAUCUCAGGAGAUAUCCCCGAUUCAGGCAAGAGGCACAGGGGUAUCAACUAAGCCAGGAUCAGCCUUGGAUUCAAAUGGAAUUGAUUCUCGUUGGAAUGUAUUGAAAAUUUUGAAUUCCUACAACCCACAAGAUCUUGCUUCACUGUACAGCACUUGUGGACCCAGUAACAGUAGAGAUCCCAAUAUUGCUCAAGAAGGGAAGAGACCGCUCCAAUAUCUACAACAUUCUAACAGUAUGUCACAAAAACGGAGCAUUAAUCACACUCUCGGUGGAUCUUUAGACAAAGAGUACAUGACCCAAUGAAGCCCAUCAAUAGAAGAUCUAUUGAAAGCUGUGAAUGGAAUACACCUGCGUCAGAAUGUUUAAAAGGGGUGUCAGCUGGUCCACUGAAAUCUGAUCAUAUUUGAAGUACAGGAUCCACAUCAAAUAAGCUGUGAUUUGUAUAUGUAUAGAACACUACUAUUCCAUUCAUUCUGGAUUGCAUUUUUUUUUGUUCAUACCUUAAAAUGUAAUCAGAGACUUUAUAAAUAUAUAUAAAAUUGCUUUGUAUUCCAUUUUGAUUCUGAACUUGAAAUUGUACCAUUUCUAAUUAAAAUUGUUAAGUGUUUCUGUUUUUGCAAUAACUAUAUUGAUUAUUUGGCACUAAUAAGUGUGGGCCAUCAUUUCUGGAAUGUUAGGCUCUUUUUUUUGUUGAAAGAUUCUUCAAGCAGAGAACAGAUUUUUGGUACCUGAAGUUUAAUAUUUCUGGGAAAUCAUGUAACUCUUACUGAGCUUUUUCUUCUACGUUGAAAAAAAUGAGCAAUAAAUUGUAUGACCUGUGGUAAUGCUUCAAGCUUCAGUCUUCCAACUCUUUUUGUAUACUAUUUAGUCCUGGGUAGCACAGCUGUGGCAAGCAAUACUUAACAUUGUUUGGUUCCCUUUACAUUUGGGUGUGAUUCUACUAAAUUUUUAGUUUGGUUAAAUUGCAUCAAAAUCACAAUUAAGGGCUACGUGAGUAUAUAAAGAGGUCCAGCCGAAAACAAUUCCUGGUUGUACUAUGCUUUAUCUAAUUAUCAAUUAGCAAAAACGUGUGAACCUGGUAGACGAGCCAAAAUGCAUUGUAUUGAAAUGAAACAUGGGAGUUUCUCAAAAUCGCAUUUAACAGUGCAACAAAAAUCCUAAUCAUAUUGCAUCAAAUGUUCAAAGUUAUUUUGCACACAACUUUACAAAAUAUCAACAUAGAAAUUUAGUUUUACAUGAAGUUUGAUUUCAUAUUAACUUUGUGUUUUGAGUAUACAUGUGUGGUUUCUUUAGCCCAACUCAGUUUCAGACCAUGUUUCCACUGGAUCAUUUCUAUGAUCAAAAUCAGUGCAUUAUGAUGGUGUAGGAAGAUGAACCUUCAACUUCCCUCAUGGCCUAGCUGAAAUUAUAAAUAAUUAUCGGGGAUCAUCAGUAAAACUACACAGUCAAAUGCUAUGUCGUGACAUUUUCCUCACAAGGCUAAUUAUUCCAGCUUCUAGACUCUCGGAUGAAAUCGGCUAAUUGUAUCCAAGUUACAGGCUCUUUGGGCCUUCCCUUCACCCAGAUGACACAUUGGAUUAUUACUGUGUAAUGGUUCAGGAAUUGAAGCAAUAUGUCACAAGGGGUUGUGAGGUUCAGUGAUUACAAGCAAAAGAAAAAGCUCUUCACUGGAAAUGUUAAACUGAGCAUAUUUAAAUAUUUUUAAAAGGAGCAAAAUUGGUGUCCUGAAGAGGAAUAGAGUUUUUAAUUGAAAAUGCUUGGACUGGAUGAACAAAUUUUUUGGGAGGAGCCUACUAACUUAAAUGCUGGUGUUCUAUCUACCCGAUUUUUAUGUUGUGCUUCCUUUAUAUAUUUUUAAAAAAGUCUUAAUUUACUGAUCACUGUUUAGAAUUCUAUUAAAGCUGAGUGUUCAUCUCAUUUUCCCAAAAUUAAGUCUCACUCAAUAGACUUUAAUGGGAAAUGAUGAGUCCCGUUAUCCCUAUUGUACUGGGUGAAUUUAGUUUUAUUUUGAAACAACUGAAGGUACUGCUGUAUAAUGGUGUUCUGUCUUGAAUAAAGAUUUAUUGACCAGUCCCA